AUGAGGUUAAUUCAGAAUAUUCGGGUUGGCGGAUCUCUCGAUCUCAACUUUGGAUCCACUAGUUCUACUGAUGAUGGUGGGUUUAUUGAUGUCAAUUUUGGGCCACGGGUUGACUGCAGUGUUGACCGGUAUUCCUCCUCACCCUUCAACACUAAUACUAGUACUUACUCCUUUGGCACAAAAGAAGGACAAACUUUCAUGGAACAGCGAGGGGAAGAUCACCAGGAGAUUGAAACUCUUCCUCUGUUCCCCAUGCACGGUGAGGACAUCUUUAGCGACCUAAAGACUACUUCCGAGGGAGGUAGCGGCUAUGGCUACUGUUCCGGUGGCUCGGGCGGCUACAACGGUGGCUCUCACGUUUCUCUUGAGCUCAGCCUCAACCCAUCCGAAGCUGCUGACUUGGCUUAG